AUGCAUUUCGAAGAGGGCAAUGGUUAUCUACUUCAGAAAAAUUAUACGAGUUGGAAUUUCUUUAAUUUUGGUAAUCAAUUAUAUAAUGUUGGACCAGAUCUUUUCCUUUAUGACUUUGAUACCUAUGAAAAUUAUUAUGAUAUUGAUACUAAAGUUGAUGUUGGUUUACCUAUUGAAGAAAUCGAAGUCUUUAGUCUGACGUUUCAAAAAAACAAUAAAGAAGCAAGGUCAUCACGUUCUCCUACUACAAAAACUCUCAAAAGAACUACUUCACAAUCUUCUUUAGGUGGAACAUCGAGUUCCAGUGCUGUUGCUCAUACAGUCAGUCCCACACCUUCAGUUUUAUCAAAUAUAAGUGCUUUGAGCGUAAUAGAUAGGCUAACGUUUUAUAUUAACUUUUCCUUUUUAUGUGUAUUAAAUAGGCCAAAUACAACUACCAACAAGCGUAUUAAACUUUGUCAAAGAAAAACAACUGGAUUGCUCCUUUUGGCAUAUACAAGGAAACUUGCCAUGUAUGUUCUUACAUCCGAAUAUUGA